CCAUCGACCCACUCGAUCAGCCAUAUAUAAGUCCCAAACAUUCACAUUAUUAACCAUCGCAUCAACACUCUUAACUCCGGCUUGAUGCACUUCACUCACUUCCGCCCUUGUUGUUCUUCGCCCAAAAUUCCUAGAUUUCUUUAGAUUCUCUUAUCUCACAUGUUCCUCUCUUCUCAAUAACAUUAUCAACAAUUUCAACGUUUGGUGUGAUCGGUACGUUGUGGGUGCGGAUUGCAUCCUCUGAUCCAAGAGACUGAGAAUACAACUUGGUCUCUUGGGAGUUGGGUUUGUCCAUAUGAAGCCCGCUACCACCAACAUGGCUCAGCCGCAGAGUAAUUGGGAGGCUGAUAAAAUGCUUGAUGUUUACAUCCAUGAUUAUUUUGUAAAGAGAAAAUUACAUAACACUGCAAAAGCUUUUAUGACAGAAGGCAAAGUUUCCACCGAUCCUGUAGCAAUUGACGCUCCUGGAGGAUUUCUGUACGAGUGGUGGUCUGUCUUUUGGGAUGUCUUCAUCUCAAGGACAAACGAGAAACAUUCUGAGGCUGCUGCAGCUUACAUUGAGACCCAGCAAAUGAAGGCUAGAGAACAACAACUUCAGAUGCAACAAUUGCAACUUAUGCAGCAGCGCGGUGCACAGCUGCAACGCCGGGAUCCUAAUCAUCCUCCUCUAGGUGGUUCCUUAAGUGCCAUGAACUCUGAAGGAAUGUUGGGGCAGCAACCAACAAAUGUGUUGGCCAUUAAAAUGUAUGAAGACCGAAUGAAACACUCUCAUUCAAUGGAGUCAGAGGCAUCUCCAACACUUAUCGAUGCAAAUAGGAUGGCCCUUCUUAAAUCUGGAACAGGUCAUCAAGGUCAGUUGGUCCAUGGUAAUUCAGGAAAUAUGUCUACUGCAUUGCAGCAACUUCAGGCCCGGACUCCUUUGACAACUGACAUCAAAGGAGAAGUCAAUUUAGGUGCCACUCCCAAGAGUUUGCCUAUGGAUAACUCCGUGUACAGACAAGCAAUUUUACAAUCAAAAUCCGGGCUAGGCGGCACAGGGUUAAAUCCAGGGGUUACAAGUCUUCCACUAAAGGGGUGGCCCUUAACUGGUAUUGAUCAACUAAGACCUGGCGGUUUGGGCGUACAAGUUCAGAAGCCUAAUUUGACAACUCAAAGCCAAUUUCUUUUGGCAUCACAACAGCAGCAAGUCUUAGCACAGUCUCAGGCACAAAACAACCUUGGAAGUUCUAAUAGUCAAGGUGAUAUGGAUCCACAUAGACUUUCUACGGUCCCUCGGGGUGGCUUAAGUGCAAAAGAUGGUCAAUCUACCAGCUCCCAAGUGCAGUCAGGUUCACCUAAGGUUGAAUUUGCUCUUCAAAUAUUAAUGUGCCUGAAUGUGUAUAAGCUUCAUGCUGAAAUCCCCUUCUAUAGCAUUCACCAAUACAUGUGUAGUUGGGCACCUAAGAAGUUUUCCUUUUACCCUGUGGUUGUAACAUGUUGUCUUCAUUUCAUAUGUAUCAGCUUUGUUCUCUGCUUGAAGAAUAGGCAAUAUAAACCCGUGUUAUGCAAGAAAAAGUAUGCUUUCCUGCAGCAGCAACUGCAGCAGAACAACCGGAAAAGGAAACAACAUUCUUCUUCUGGGCCUGGCAAUAGCACUGGUACUGGAAACACAGUAGGUCCUUCACCUAAUUCACCACCAUCAACUCACACACCUGGUGAUGGAAUAAAUACAGCAAGCAGCAUGCAGCAUGUUAACAGUAUGCCAAAGAGUAUGAUGAUGUAUGGUACAGAAGCAACAGGUGGCCUUGCAUCGUCUUCUAAUUUGCUUGAGGAUAUGGACCGAUUUGGAGAUGUUGGUACUUUAGAGGAUAAUGUGGAAUCCUUUCUAUCAAAUGAUGGAGGAGAUGAAGGUAGUCUCUAUGGAAGUAUAAAACAAAAUCCGGCUGAGCAACAAAAGGAAUCAUCAAAAGGUUUCACCUUUGCUGAAUUUGGUUGCAUACGAACAAGGAACAGCAAAGUUACUUGCUGUCAUUUUUCAUCUGAUGGAAAAUUACUUGCCAGUGCUGGACAUGACAACAAGGUUGUCCUUUGGAACAUGGACACUUUACAGACAGAGAGCACUCCAGAAGAACACAAGUUGGUUAUUUCAGAUGUCCGUUUUAGACCAAAUUCAUCUCAGUUGGCGACAGCCUCAAUCGAUAAAUCUGUGCGGUUAUGGGAUGCAGCCAAUCCAAGCUAUUGUGUGCAAGAAUACGGUGGGCACAGUGCAGCAAUUAUGUCUCUUGAUUUCCACCCAAAGAAGACUGAUAUGUUCUGCUUUUGUGAUAGUGAAAAUGCAAUUCGGUACUAUGAUAUUACUUCAUCCUCCUGCACGCAUGUAUUGAAGGGUGGAAAUGCUCAAGUGCGGUUUCAGCCUAGAGUGGGGCAAGUACUAGCAGCAGCUUCUGACAAAGUAGUGUCAAUUUUUGAUGUUGAAACCGACAGACAAAUUUAUUCACUUCAGGGACACACUGAAGCGGUGAACUAUAUUUGCUGGGAUGCAACUGGAGAUUUCUUGGCAACUGUGAGUCAAAAUUUGGUGAAGAUUUGGACACUGGCCUCUGGAGAAUGCAUUCAGGAGCUUAGCUCAAAUGCAAACCAGUUCCAUUCUUGUGUCUUUCAUCCAAGCUAUUCAACUUUGUUGGUGAUUGGAGGGUUUUCGUCCUUGGAGCUGUGGAACAUGGCUGAGAACAAAAGCAUGACAAUUUCUGCACACGAGAAUAUAAUUUCCGCUUUGGCUCAAUCUCCUGUAACCGGUAUGGUCGCCUCUGCAAGUCAUGACUGCUCUGUUAAGUUAUGGAAAUAAUUAACAGGUUAUAGGCUCUCUUGUACUUACUCAAUUCUUUGAGUCACACCCUUUAUUAUGAAAGAACUCGGAGAUCUGUAUUGGAAGGAAAAAUUGGGUCUCUGAACAUUAUGCAAUAAUAUUAAUUAGUCUGCAAUAAGGUGUAAGUGUAAUGUCACAUAUAUACAAUUUUGCGCUAUAUUUAGUAUCAUAAGAACAAAGCAUGUGGCGAUUUUCGUAGUUCUAGUGACGAUUAUCAAAGUUGUUGUUAAGGGAAAUGUUUGUCUUGUCGCUGAAGAUGUAAUUAUCCGACUAUUUGUGAUUGCUUGUAUUAUUAAUCUUGUUUUCUAUAAACUGGUCUUUGGUAUUUAUUAAACUUAA